GAGGAGGAGGGAGCGACAGCAGCAGCAGCUUCAGCAGCAGCAGCAUCAUUUCAGUACAGUAUCUGUAACACAGCCUGUGCAGCAUCAGCACCACCAGUCUGAGAUUGAGAAAGCAGUUUCAGACAGCACAAAGAAAAGGCUCCUGCCCGCCGAAUCUGACCAAUUACAUUACCCUCUGCUUCUCAGACUCCUCAGUAAUCUUCCAGAUCCUCCUGAAGAUGCUGGCCUGCACAGAGAUGAUCACUAUGUGUCUCCAGUCGGCGAAGCGAGAGCAUCUGCGCUCCAAGCAACAACAGCAGCUGCAGCAGAACCAUGGACUUUCCAUUUUUCACGACAUUUUCCGGCGUGCAGACAAAAACGAUGACGGAAAGCUCUCAUUUGAAGAGUUCAAAGCAUACUUUGCUGACGGGAUUCUGACAACCGAUGAGCUCCAGGAGCUGUUCUAUUCCAUUGACGGCCGACAGGCAAACAAUCUCGACACAGACAAGCUGUCAGACUACUUUUCUCAGCAUCUCGGGGAGUAUCUGAACGUCCUCUCGGCUCUAGAGAAGCUCAAUGUUGCCAUCCUGAAAGCAAUGGACAAAACUAAAGAGGAGUACCAGGGCUCCUCUGUGUUAGGGCAGUUCGUGACACGCUUCAUGUUGAAGGAGACGUCCAGCCAACUGCUGUCUCUUCAGAUGUCUCUGCAGUGUGCCAUGGAGGCCGUGGAGGAGCAGAGUAGCCCUGCACCGGCCGAGGUGAAGGUACCAGAGCAUCUGUCGGUACAGAAGAAUAACAGGAGAUGUGGACGCAAAGUGCAGAAAAACAUGUGUCUGUCUCCUACAGACCCGUACUCUGGAAUCCUCACUACAGGUGUUAGUGUGGAUACAGAUGAUCACUGGUCUUCUCAGAUCAACAGACUCCAGCAGCUCAUUGACAAACUGGAAUGCCAGAGUCCAAAGCUGGAGCCCCUGAAAGAAGACCCUCUGGCCAGCACGUAUAAAUCAAACAUUCUGUUGGUGCAGAGGCAGAUGGCAGUGACAGAGGAAAAUCUUGAAGAGUUCCAAAAGGCCCUGAAAAGCUAUGCUGAUUCCACCACCAAUCAGAGUGACAACCUUCAUGUGUCCAUCCAGAAGCUGCCUGAGAAGAGCUGCUACAUAAUAUAUGAGUUCUGGCAGGAUCGCAUCUCCUGGAUGAGUUAUCUGCAGUCUGAGGCCAGUAAGACUUUCCAGCGCUGUAUCAUAGACAUGCUGGAGGAUCCUGAACUCAUCUCUACGAUGCUUAUGCCUGCAUCCUGGUGGAUCAUGACAAACAAUUAACUCCCGAAAGAGCAGUGUGCUGUGCCUCCACCCCUCCAAAACAACCACAAUCUGAAAGCGAUCCUGCGUGUGUUCGCCUCUCCCCGAGCUAGAGAACAGCGUACUCAUCUCCUCCUCACUUGACUGUACCUCAUGGCUUCGUUUUUGUGUUCCUUCAACAAUCCUUCUGUACAAAAAAAGAGUAAAAAAAAAAAAAGAAAACAGCAGCCAGGCAUGGUUCUAAUCUCUCUAGCAUGUAUAGAAAAUUAAAGUGAGUUUUUUUUUGCUCCGUGCACAGGCAGGCCAGUGGCGAAGCUUUUGAAGCUGACGCGGCUUUGAUGUGGCAACCGCUCACGGAUUAGAAAAGUGAAGAACUUUCCUAAAAAACGUAAUGAAACACAAGGGAAAGCGGAAAGAAAGGAAUACCACUACUUGCUUUGACGUCUUCGACUAGGUGUUUACUACCCGGGGUGCGAUUUACGAAAAAAUAAAUAAGAAAAAUAGCUGUUUAAGAUUGCAUGCAUGUUAAAACUUUAGUUUCAGACAUAGCUGACUUAAAGCCAUCCUUGCAACUCCAUGCUUGCUCAAGGACACUAUUUCUAAUGAUAAGAUCAAUCUGUGUGAUUAUGUGGAUAGAAUAGUCCUUAUGUGGAACUUAGCUGUUCUUCUGCCUUGUGGUUCCUCAGUCGAUAUGUUAAUUUUCCCGAAUCCCGACGAUUCUGUUUGAUUUAAGCUGUACGUAUGCCGAUUCACUGAAUCAAUUUUUGCUUUUUCUUAUCAUUUUCCGAACAUGGAACUCUGUAUAUGGUGUGUUAAACUGCUUGACGUAAAGAAAUAUGCUGAGAUUUAUUAAUGGAUUUAUUUAUUUGAGGUUUAUCUAAUGUAUUUAAGCAUAUAAGAAGAAAUAAACCUAAGAAUAUCAUUUGUGUA